ACUUAGACUCUAUAGACUAUAGGAAAAUAUCUGUAUUACAUUUGAAGUGUUAGGUGCUGCUGACCUUAAGGAUGAUUUGAUGGUAUUUACGAUUUUUAAUUUGAUAGGAUUUAAGGUUUAGAUUUUCAAGGUGUACUUAAGCUUGAUCGAAAGCCAGGUUUGAGGUUCUAUAGACUCCAAUUUAUGAGGUCUUGGAUUUUUGAAGAGUUUUGGAAAUAAUUUUCAGAUUCAAUGUUUAGAAUUCUGAGAACUUCAUGAAAUAAUUCUGUUGGUAUUUAAGGUUUUUGAUUCUACAGACUUUGUGGAAUGAGUUUGAGGAAAAUAUGAAGUCUUAAACUCUAUAGACUAUAUGAAAAUAUCUGUAUUACGUUUGAAGUUUUAGCUGUUGCUGACCCUAAGGAUGAUUUUGAUGCUAUUUACGAUUUUUUAUUCUACUGACUUUAAGAACUGAUUUCAUGAAAUUUGAUAUUUGUAAAUUCUUUUGGCUGAUUCUGUGGACUUUAAAAAAAAAAAUGAUUUUGAUAAGAAUUAAGGUUUAGAUUUUGAAGGUGUAGUUAAAGCUUGAUCAAAAGCCACGUUUGAGGUGCUGUAGGCUCUAAUUUGUGAGGUCAUGGUUUUUGAAGACUUUCGGAAAUAAUUUUCAGAUUCGAUGUUUAGAUUUCUGAGAACUUCAUGAAAUAAUUCUGUUGGUAUUUAAGGUUUUUGUCUCUAGACUUUAUGUAAUGAGUUUUAGGAAAAUACUUAGACUCUAUAGACUAUUGGAAAAUAUCUGUAUUACAUUUGAAGUUUUUGGUGCUGCUGACCCUAAGGAUGAUUUUGAUGGUAUUUACGAUUUUUAAUUCUACUGACUUUAAGAACUGAUUUCAUGAAAUUUGAGGUUUUUAAAUUCUUUAGGCUGAUUCUGUAGUCUUAAAAAUAAAAAAAUUGAUUUUGAUAAGAUUUAAGGUUUGGAUUUUGAAGGUGUAGUUAAAGCUUGAUUGAAAGACAGGUUUGAGGAUCUAUAAACUCUAAUUUAUGAGGUCAUGGUUUUUGAAAACUUUCGGAAAUAAUUUUCAGAUUCGAGGUUCAGUAUUCUAAGAAUUUCAUGAAAUAAUUCUGUUUGUAUAUAAGGUUUUUGAUUCUCCAGACUUUAUGUAAUGAGUUUUAGGAAAAUAGUUAGACUCUAUAGACUAUAGGAAAAUAUCUGUAUUACAUUUGAAGUUUUAGGUGCUGCUGACCUUAAGGAUGAUUUGAUGGUAUUUACAAUUUUUAAGUUGAUAGGAUUUAAGGUUUAGAUUUUGAAGGUGUACUUAAGCUUGAUCGAAAGCCAGGUUUGAGGUUCUAUAGACUCCAAUUUAUGAGGUCUUGGAUUUUUAAAGACUUUUGGAAAUAAUUUUCAGAUUCAAUGUUUAGAAUUCUGAGAACUUCAUGAAAUAAUUCUCUUGGUAUUUAAGGUUUUUGAUUCUACAGACUUUGUGGAAUGAGUUUUAGGAAAAUAUGAAGUCUUAGACUCUAUAGACUAUAGGAAAAUAUCUGUAUUACAUUUGAAGUUUUAGGUGCUGCUGACCUUAAGGAUGAUUUGAUGGUAUUUACAAUUUUUAAUUUGAUAGGAUUUAAAGUUUAGAUUUUGAAGGUGUACUUAAGCUUGAUCGAAAGCCAGGUUUGAGGUUCUAUAGACUCCAAUUUAUGAGGUCUUGGAUUUUUGACGACUUUUGGAAAUAAUUUUCAGAUUCAAUGUUUAGAAUUCUGAGAACUUCAUGAAAUAAUUCUGUUGGUAUUUAAGGUUUUUGAUUCUACAGAUUUUGUGGAAUGAGUUUUAGGAAAAUAUGAAGUCUUAAACUCUAUAGACUAUAGGAAAAUAUCUGUAUUAGAUUUGAAGUUUUAGGUGUUGCUGACCUUAAGGAUGAUUUUGAUGGUAUUUACGAUUUUUAAUUGUACUUACUUUAAGAACUGAUUUCAUGAAAUUUGAUGUUUUUAAAUUCUUUAGGCUGAUUCUGUAGUCUUAAAAAAAGAAAAAAUGAUUUUGAUAAGAUUUACGGUUUAGAUUUUGAAGGUGUAGUUAAAGCUUGAUCGAAAGCCAGGUUUGAGGUUCUAUAAACUCUAAUUUAUGAGGUCAUGGUUUUUGAAGACUUUCGGAAAUAAUUUUCAGAUUCGAUGUUUAGAAUUCUAAGAACUUCAUGAAAUAAUUCUGUUGAUAUUUAAGGUUUUUGAUUCUCCAGACUUUGUGUAAUGAGUUUUAGGAAAAUACUUAGACUCUAUAGACUAUAGGAAAAUAUCUGUAUUACUUUUGAAUUUUUAGGUGCUGUUGACCUUAAGGAUGAUUUGAUGGUAUUUACGAUUUUUAAUUUGAUAGGAUUUAAGGUUUAGAUUUUGAAGGUGUGCUUAAGCUUGAUCAAAAGCCAGGUUUGAGGUUCUAUAGACUGCAAUUUUUGAGGUCUUGGAUUUUUGAAGACUUUUGGAAAUAAUUUUCAGAUUCAAUGUUUAGAAUUCUGAGAACUUGAUGAAAUAAUUCUGUUGGUAUUUAAGGUUUUUGAUUCUACAGACUUUGUGGAAUGAGUUUUAGGAAAAUAUGAAGUUUUAGACUCUAUAGAUUAUAGGAAAAUAUCUGUAUUACUGUUGAAGUUUUAAGUGUUGCUGACCUUAAGGAUGAUUUUGAUCGUAUUUACGAUUUUUAAUUCUACUCACUUUAAAGAAGGAUUUCGGAUAGGAUUCAAGUUUGUAGAUUCUAUUUGUUUUAGCAUACAAGUUUCGAUCAAUCUCUAAGGUUGUAGAUUCUUCAGACUUUAAGAAAUGACUUUUAUGAAAUUUAUGGGUUUAGAUUCAGAGGACUUCGAGUAGUGACCUCGAUAAGGUUUAAGAUUUGGAUUCUGUAGAUUUAAAAAAACAAAUGACUCCUUUUGAGAUUGCAAUUUUACGUUCUGCGGAUUUCAGGAGAAUGAUUUUUAUAAGAUUUAAAGAUUUUAGAUCCCUCAGACUUUAAUAAUGAGUUGGGUGAAAUUUAAGGCUUUAGAGUUUGCAGACUUUAAGCUACAAUUAUUUUUAGAUGUAAGGUGAUAGACUUUGCAGAUUUUGGGCAAAUGAUUAUCAUCGAAUUUGAGGUUAUAGGUUUUGCAGGUUUUAAGAGAUGAUUCUUUUCAUAUUUAAGGUUAUUGAUUGCAGCUGAGAAUGAAAGAGAGUAUUUAAGAGUGUAAGUGGGUGUGCAUGGAUUUGGGGGACGAGAAGUCGGGUUGCUACCAAAGUGUGGUUGGAGUCAUCUUGGUAGAUACUAAAAUUGAUUAGACUCCUAGUUUUAGUCAUUGUGGCAAAGUUGCUAGAGUGCGCAACGGAAGCGUGUAUUUUGGUAAUAUGAUGGUUUGAGAGUAAACUUCAUGAGGUUUUAAAAUGAGUGAAUUGAGAUCACUUUGGACUUAACUUUAAAGAGUUUUAUCUUACCGUUUAGAGGAGGUUAAGACUUAAUGUGGAGAGUUAUUUUUACAAUUAUAUAUGAGGCUUAGCAAGGAAAAAAAAAAUUGAGGGGAAUUAUUAUUAGGCUUGUAAUUCUGUCGUUGAGGUUUAUAUUUUUAGGCUUUAACUGGAUACCGAGGUAUAUGAAUAUCGACAUUCUGUGUGUGAAUGUGUAGGCCAAGAGGAUUAGGAGAUAUUUAAGGCAUCGGGUGAAAAUAUUGGAAAGUUAGAAAUCUUGCAAUAUUAGGUUCAACAAUAUGAUUGAGGAUUGAAAUAGGCAUGGAAUGGAUGUGGGGGGAUAUGUAUUUUAGACUUUGCUCUUGGUGCAGCAAAUAAUUUCUUGGACGAAACUUUUUUUAAGGGGGGCAGGCUGUUUCACCCGGACCAAGCUGCGUUCUAUAAAUGUUUUUUAGGUUAAUAUGUGUCGGAAACCCCCUUGAGAAUCAACAAGAAACUUUGAAUAGACUAUGGGCCCAAAAAAUUUAUUGGGCUUGAUAAUUAGGUUAAAAUCAUUUAAUAUUUAAAAAUCAAGUGGAAUCUAUUUAUUUGGUAAUUGGAAAAGUUAAUGGGACGAGCAGGGUUAUUUUAGAAUUUGAGAAGAUGCCCAUUCGAAAUUUUUUGGAGCUUGGCACAUAAAAAUAUGGGCAAACCUGGCAAUUUUUGGAUCAGUUAAAAUGGCCCAACUCACUUUUAAACCCCAAAAGCCCACGAAAAGGCCAAAGUCCAGUUACCCAACAUCCAGACUUGUAUACAAGUCCCUUCCUCCUCUUUCUUUCUCUAGGGUUUCUAGCUGCCUAUUAUUUUAUGUUAUUUUGGUAUUUUGAGACAUUAAUAUUUCUGACUCUUUAUGGAGAAUUUAAGUUGUUAUGUUGAGGUAUUUCUUUGGUAUCCCUGUGGAGGAACAUAUAUGUUCAUGUUAAUUAAUAUUUUAUGGAGUCUUUAGAGUAUAUAUAAUUGUGUUAUGAGAGAUGAUUUAAGGUAUUGGGAACUAACUCUCUAGACCUUGUGGUGUUGCAGUUGAUAUCAGAGACAAGUUUGAGAUUUUGCAGACUAUAUGUGAGGUUUUGGAUAUUUGUGCGUUUUAGGAAAUAAUUUUCAGAUUUGAGUUGUGGACAUUUGUGGACUGCAGGAGAUGAUUCUGUUGAUAAUUAAGGUUUUAGAAUCUGCUAGCAUUAGGGAAUGUGUCUUAUGAAAUUUGAGGUUUUUAAAUUCUUUAGGCUGAUUCUGUAGACUUUUAAAAAAAAUUGAUUUUUAUAAGAUUUAAGGUUUAGAUUUUGAAGGUGUACUUAAGCUUGAUCGAAAGCCGGGUUUGAGGUUCUAUAGACUCUAAUUUAUGCUUGAUCGAAAGCCGGGGAGGUUCUGUAGACUCUAAUUUAUGCUUGAUUGAAAGCCGAGUUUGAGGUUCUGUAGGUUCUGUAGACUCUUAGUUUUAGACAUUGUGGCAAAGUUGCCAGAGUGCGCAAGGAAGUGUGGUUUUUGGUAGGUAAUAUGGUGGUUUGAGAGUAAACUUUGUCAGGUUUUAAAAUUAGUGAAUUGAGAUCACUUAGGACUUAACUUUAAAGAGUUUUAUCUUACUAUUCAGAGGAGGUUAAGGCUUAGCAAGAUUGAUAAACAAAAAUUGUUUGGAAUUAUUUUAACAAUUAUACUGAAUAGUAAGUUUUUGAAGCUAGAUUAGAUAAUUUGUUUAUUGCCAAUCCAGGUCUAUUUGAGUGAUUCGAGUGAAUCUCAAAAUGAGAAAAAUUUUCCCAUGCAGACAUUGUGGCCCUUUUAUCUUCUCUUCCCCAGCUCCUCUCGCUGAUCUUAUUUUUCCCAACAUUUGAUACUUUCAUUUUGCAGGGAAAUUUUGAUCAGAUCCUCUUCUUCAAACAGAACCUUAUGUGAAUGUGGGAACUAUUAGGCAUGUCGAUCAUGAGAUGAUUGCAUUCGUUGCUUCUGUGGAUGUUUUAGUUUCCCCAAUUGUUACCUGUCUUACUUCUUGGUUUUCUGAAGUAUUAAAAUUUGUACUAGUGAUCAUAUAGCAUGAUAUACAAAAUGCUUCACUAACCUUGAUUCUGAAAUUUUCAUGCAAUGUUUUUCAAAGUGCUAGCAGAAGAAGGGAGACCUAAGGCUGUUGCUUUCGAUGGAAUUGACAAGGCUCCAGAAGAGAAAAAGAGAGGAAUUACAAUUGCAACGGUUGGAAUACAGUUUUCGAAUCUUAUUCGUGUUUUGUUUUUGGUUUUGGCACGGGGAGUAUGAAAGUGACACUAUGCACGUGUUGACUGUCCAGGACAUGCAGAUUUUGUUAAGAUAUUUUGUUUCUUUCAUCUGUUUGGAAGUCAAGCUUGGAGCAAAUGAGGUUUCGUUUUGCAGGGCUGUUCAUCUGCAUUUUCAAGAUUGGCCAGAAGAAGAUUAUCUGCCCUACGCAAAUGGACCAGGCUAUAUUUUGUCAUCUGACAGCACACUAUAUAGUAUCCGAACUUUUUUUUUGAUCCGUGGGUGUCUGGGCCAGAUUACGCAUAAAUUAAGUAUGUUUAAAAUGGAAGAUGUGAGCAUGGGAAUGUGGGUGGAGCAAUUCAACAGCUCAAAACCGGUUGUGUAUGUGCAUAGUUUGAAGUUCUGCCAGUUUGGUUGCAUAGAAGAUUAUUGUACGGCCCAUUACCAGUCUCCAAGGCAAAUAAUGUGCAUGUGGACCAAAUUGCAAUCGCAGGGAAGGCCUCAGUGCUGCAACAUGAGAAGAUGAAGAACGACUGCGGUGUGUGACCUAUCAUCAUCUUCAGAAUCCAGUAUAGAAAAAGGAAAGAAACAAGUUUUGCUGUCGGCAUAUUAAUGUUAUUGUAUAUUCUGUGGAGGUACCGUAUAAAUACCCUUCCAAAUUCUUUCAUUUUUUCUUCUUUCUUUGUUCUGGUUUUCUUUUUCUGUCUUCCUCCUAUGCUUGUGGAGGGCCUGGUGUUUGAAGGUGAUGAGAUUAGAUGUGGAUGGAACAAAUUCAAAGGGAUCCAAGUUCUGUAAUUUACAUUUGAACCACACGGCUAAUGGAAAUGAUUAAUAAUGAUCAUUUAGGUUCAGUGCUGAUA